GGAGUCUUCUUCGCCGCUGGAAUAAAUAAAUAAAAAAUAAAAAAAUAAAUGCGUCUGCGUGUUGAAGGAGGGAGGGAGAGGACGCCGGUAGCGUUAAAGCCAUUCUCACCUUCAGUGCGCGGACGGAGCGGACAGUCUCGGCGGCUCUCCGUGUGCUCGCCACGGUGCCAAACAACCGCCGGAAAUCUGACGGAAGCAUUUUUUUAAAAAGAAGGUCAACCUGCAUGGACUCCUUCAUUUAAGGGACUAAAUCUGCUAAACAUCGGAUGGUUUCCAGUUUCAGUUUCCAGUUUGGACGUCAAAGAAGAAGUAAAGACGGAGCGGGAGAAAAAAAGAGGACCGUGCUGUGACCGGCUUGAACUAUCUCAAGGGCGCGCUUCUUCGACAUCGUGUCGAUUAAAAAUGUGUUAAAAAGUACUUUUUUUGUAACGUCGCACUGACCGCGCGUGGAAUAUACUCACAAGUUCACAUUCCGACCGGAGGAUUUUAUCGAGACCAAUUUUGGUCAAGUCACGGACCACCGCGCUUCCACAAUAAAAGGACUCAUCUGCAGUGCAAGGAGAAUGAGGAGUCACCGGGGAAGGUGGAAGCAGCAUGAGUGGCCUCUGUAUCGCUGUUAGACUGACGACCCUCAUGUUUCUAUGGAAGUGGUUAACAUUAAGCCUGCUACUGAGCUUGUUGUUGGCAUGGGCCAAGGCUGCCGAGCCUGCCGUGGCCGCCGGCUUCACUGGCUCUACAGGGACCCUGGGCUGGCUAUUGACGGGCAAGGGCCCCUUUCACCACUCGCAGGAGUUUAUUGAUUUUACAGAGCGCUACCAGCAAGGAUUCACCACCAAGUAUAAGAUAUACAGGGAGUUUGGACGAUGGAAGGUGAACAGUUUGGCCUUGGAAAGGCAAGUGAACAAUGGCCUUCCUUUUCCCCUGGACCCGGAAUUCCUCCAGACCAUUAGGCAGCUUGGAAGAAGGCCCAGUCUCAGUACCAUCACUGACAACAUUAUUAGGAAAUACGGAACACACUUCCUCCUCUCUGCCACGCUGGGAGGGGAAGAGUCUUUAAUGAUCUUUGUGGACAAGCGGAAGUUGAGUCGCUCAAGUGAAUUGAGUGACACCAACGGCACAGCGGUGCCUCUGGAGGCUCUCCACCAGCUCGCUGCCUCCUACUUCACGGACAGGGAGAGCACCCUGCACAAGCUGCACCACAUCCAGAUUGCGUCCACUGCCAUCAAGGUGACUGAAACAAGGACAGGUCCUCUCGGAUGCAGUAACUAUGACAACCUGGAUUCUGUCAGCUCCGUUUUGGUUCAGAGCCCCGAAAACAAGAUUCAUUUGCAAGGCCUCCAUGCCAUUCUGCCAGAAUAUCUGAGGGCCAGCUUCGUGCAGGCAGCUCUCAGCUACAUCGGAUGUAACGAGGAGGGCCAAUUUGUGUGCCGAGACAAUGACUGCUGGUGUCAGUGUGGCGCCGACUACCCGCAGUGUAAUUGCCCCAAGUUGGAUUUGAAGUCCAUGGAAGCCAGUUUGCUGAAAAUCCAAGAUUCUUGGAACACCGCCAACCAAGACUUUGAAGAGUCAGAGGAGUUCCAGAACUUUGUUCGGAGGCUCCCCAUGUCGUACGCUUUGAACACAUCAGCCAUCGAGUUCUUCUGGAAGAUGGAACCCGCCGUUAAUCAGCGCUACAAACAGCUGGAGCUCAACACCCAGCAGUCUUUGAGCAAAUCGGGACGCAUCAUCAACAAGCUCUACACCCUCAGCAAGAGGUGUCGCGCCCAGCCCAAAAUCAUUAGGCUGAGUGAGAGGCCUUUCAGCUACUGGCUGAACUACAUCCUCUCCAUCAUGUACUGCAGUGAAAACAGUCACAUCGGCUCAUAUUUGGAGGCGACUCGAAGUUGUUCCUGUCCCUACGAGCAUCCCCCCUGCCAGAGCGUGAUACCCUGCACGGUCGGCGAGGGGACCCUCUGCGCCUCCUGCUCCUACGAGAACCGCUCCCGCUGCGCCACGUGCAACCAAGGUUACAUGCUCGGCCAGGGCGCGUGUCGCCACGAAGUCCCGGACUCCAUCGACCACUACAUCGGCUUCGAGACGGACCUGCAGGACUCGGAGUUACGCUAUCUCCUGCAGAAGCGCGAUAACCGCAUCAAUGUCCACGGGAUAUUUGUCAGCAACGACGUCAGGCUGAAUAACUGGUUUGACCCGUCAUGGAGGAAGCGGAUGCUGCUGACUCUGAAAAGUAACAAAUACAAGUCCAACCAUGUCCACAUGCUGCUGGGGAUUUCUGUUCAAAUUUGCCUUACCAGGAACAUCACACUGGACCCCAUGCUGUCUGUCUACAUCAAUCCAUUCGGGGGAAGUCACUCGGAGAGUUGGAUCAUGCCCACGGAGCAGAACAACUACCCAGACUGGCAGAGGACUAAAUUAGACCUUCCCCAUGACUGCGAGAACUGGACUCUGACUUUAGGCAACAAGUGGAAAACCUUUUUUGAGACGGUUCACUUUUACCUGCGUAGCCGCAUCAAGGGCCCUGCGAGCAAUGGAAACGGAACGGUAUUUUAUGAACCCUUGGAGUACCUAGAACCCGGGAAGAAUCUUGGCUACAUGAAGAUAAAUAGCAUACAGGUGUAUGGUUAUAGCAUGCACUUUGACCCUGAAGCCAUCCAGGACUUAAUUCUCCAGCUGGACUACCCGUACACGCAAGGAUCACAGGACUCGGCCCUGCUGCAGCUGUUGGAGAUCCGGGAUCGGGUGAACAGGCUUUCGCCGCCCGGGGCCCAGCCUUUGGAUCUCUUCUCGUGUUUGUUGCGCCACCGGCUCAAGCUCUCCACGACGGACGUGGCCAGGAUCCAGGCCGCCUUACAGGAUUUCAGCGCCAAGCAGCCCAAGUCGAUGGAAUACGAAACGACCAAAUUAUGUAGCUAAUAAGCGGGCAGGGGGCCAGGUGCACAGAUGGCAGAAGUGUUAUCGCAACAGACUCCCGAGGACGGUUAAGAGCAAUUCUGGCUCCGUGCACGGGAGGUUUGAGGGACAUUAUCAAUGUCAUCGCCAAUCUCAUUAGUCCACUUGAGAUGUCAGCCUUCAUAAAAGUGUUGUAUUUCAUUCAUUUUCUCCGAAAAAAACGACAUAAGAGAAUCUAACUUGGUCAUCACUGAUGAGUUAGCACCAUGUAAAAGGCACAAACUGCAAAGAAAAAGCCUUUGUAAUAUUAAGCAAUGUAAUAAUCUUGCAUAGACACGAACAUUUUAACUCCAGCUUCCUUUUUUUUGGGUACUUUUCAUUAUUUGGUUCAUAUUUUGACAUCAAGACAAGCGCCGUCUCGGCCUUCUAUUUUAACUGAGGAUUUGAUUGUCAGUUUGUUUUUUCCACUGUUGUGACAUGCUGUCAAAAUGAAAUCAUUCAUUAAUGUUCUAUUGCAGGGGUCCCCAAAUUACGGCCAGAUACGGCCCGCCAGCAUCCAAAAUCCGACCCGCGGGGAGUCCCAAAUAAAAUAUUAAAA